AUGACUAAAUUAUACGAAGGAUUUAACGAUAUACCUUCUACUACAAACAAGAUUAAUUUACUUUAUGUUUUGGUUGGUUUAAGUCUUUUGUUUUUAUUGAUUUUGAUUCCGUUAAAUAAAAUUGCCGAUUAUGAAUCAAAAAGAGGUGAAGAAAGUCUCAAUCAUCCUUGUGCCAAUGAAUUUUUUUCAGAUAUUGAAGUGCAAAGACUGCAACAAUCAGCCAUCGAAAUUGUAAACAAUGAAUCAAAGUUGAACCUUCUCAACAAGGUGAACAUAUAUGAUCAAGAUACACAGUAUAUUGGUGAGAGUCUGGAUGCUUUUGGUGAAUGGGUACAUGUAUACAAUGGUGAGACUCAUAUAGAAGGAACUGUUGAUAUGCAUCUUAUUGGUCCUUUUUCAAAAACUCCUGGUGAGAAUGGCCAUGAGAUUGGUAUUGGUGAGAACACUGGUCCCAUGCAUAAAGAUCACCACAAGAAAAGCAUCACAAAUUUUGUAGAAAUCAUAAAAGUCAUCCAAUUGCAACACACCAGUUUCCAAACAAAGUGUAUAGAAGAAAGUGGAAGCAAUCCACUCCCAUCAGUUAUCCAGGAUGCAUUGAAGCUUGUAUCAAUUCCCUUCUUUCAAGUUAUCGGAAUGAAGAUCCAAUUUUAUAUUUUAAUCCAAAUUGAUGGUGACUUGACUAGCCAUCUAAGUAAAAUGGCUAUUACAAAUGCACAAAUUUUUAGAGAGGAUGCAGAAAACAUGCAAGUGGCCUGUCAGGCUAGGAAAUCCAUCAAACUGAUUUCUAUAUUAACUCCAAAAGCAGAAAGAGAUUAA